AUGCUGUUAAAGGUAAUUUUUUGUAUUUCAUUUGUUUCUAAGCGUUUUGAUAAGUAUUGUUCAUCCACCAACGUUUAUCAAGAUGCACCGUCUACAGCUUAUAUUAAUCCAGAAGAACCUUUAUUAAUACCUUGUUAUGCAAAAGCCAAUCCAGAACCAAGGUAUUAUUGGACAUUGAAUGGAAAACAAGCCAACUGGAUUAAGCCAUACAAUACAAUGUUAUCAAAGAAAUUAAUACAUUCCAAUGAUUCAUAUCACUUACAUUCUAUGGAUGAAUCAGCUGGAUUAUAUCAAUGUAUUGCUAUUAAUCCAUUUGGUAAAGCUUUAUCAAUUCCAUUGAAAUUAGAAGUGGCAAGAAUUGGUACAUUUCAAGAUCUUAAUCCAAAACUAAUUCAUAUAAAACCGAAUGAAACAAAAAUUUUAAAUUGUUCCGCAACAAAAAGUAUACCAACUGCUAAAAUCCAAUGGAUGAUCAAAGAUGAUGAAGAUGGUUCAAUAAAUUUUAUACAUGAAGAUCGUAAUCAUAUUAUUGAUGAUGAUGGUAAUUUACAUUUAUUCAAUAUAAACUCAUUCACUAAAAGAAAUCUUACUUAUACAUGUGUUAUUAAUCAUUUAAUUCUACAUACUAUGAAAACUGGCCCAGAUAUAAAACUUCUAUUUGAUUCAAAUACCUUAGCAACAAAUGAACAUGUGAAUAAAGAAUUAACUAAAAUUGAAAAGAGAAGUAUCCUUUAUCAUUCAUCUAUACAACAAAUUGUUUUAAUGAAUGAAUCUUUAUCUAUAAAAUGCGUAAUACAUGGUAAUCCUUUACCAAAUAUUCAUUGGGAAUUUAUGACGGCACAUCAGAUUGAUUCAAAUGGAGAUUCGCAUCAAUAUAAAGAUGUUAAAUUGCUUCCAGAAAAGUAUGGAAUUAAAUUAAAAAAUCAUGGAAUGGAAUUAUACAUUCCAACAGUUCAAAUGAUUAAUCAUGGUAGUUAUCGAUGUAGUACAAUUAAUAUGGAUUAUAUGAUCUCAACAUAUGAUCCACAUGUUAUAUUCAAUGUAACUGUUGAAAGUAAACCCCAUUUUGCUGAAUAUCCUAAAAAUACUAUUUUACCAGAGAACAGUAGUAUUGUACUACAUUGUAGUAUCAAUGAAGAAAUUACAAAACCAUUAGCAACAUUAAAUUGGUUAAUGAAUGGUGAACCGAUUGAGAAAUAUUUAAAUGGUUUACGUAAAAUUGGUCGAAAUAAUGCUUUAUAUUUAUACAAUUUAACUGUUCAUGAUUCAGCAGUUUACCAAUGUAUUCUUCAUAAUAUCCAUGGUAUUAAUAUAAUCAAUGCAUAUAUUCAUAUAUGGAAUCAACCACCAGCAUUUAUUAAUGUGAUCCAUGGUAUACAAUAUAUGAUUGAAGGUCAACAAUUGAUAUUACCAUGUGAAACAUUUGGUUCACCUCAUGCAAUAAUUCAUUGGUAUCAUAAUAAUAAACAAUUAAAUACAAUUGAUCAUAUUAUGAAAGAUGAUUACAUCAUACAAACGAAUGGUAAUCUUCAUAUUUUUCAUGCUAAAUUAUCACAUAGUGGUACAUAUAUAUGUAAAGCAUCAAAUAUAUUUGGUAUAUCUCAAUCAAAAGGGAAAUUAUUCAUUAGAAAACGGACCCGUAUUAUAUCUGGUCCAUUAAUUGAAAAAACUAUCAAUACAAAUACUACUUAUAAUAAUACUUAUAAUAAUAAGAGAAUAAAUAUGAAGUAUCUUAUAGAAGGAUCUAAAAUUCAUUUAACCUGUAAAGUUGAAACGGAUCCAAUACAUGAAAGUCAAUUGACAAUCAUAUGGAAAAAAGAUAAUUUAACUCUUCAAAAUGCUUUUGAACAUAGUGAUCGUCUUAAUGUCACUUCAUCAAAUAAUGAAAGUCUAAUGAUUUUUAACUUGAUACCAAGUGAUACUGGAAUCUAUACAUGUAUUGCUAGUACAAAAUUGGACAGUGUGAAUUCUUCCAUUCAUCUUAUAGUUCAAGGUCGUCCAAAACCUCCAAAAUCAAUAAAAUUAUUAUGUAAUUAUCAUAAUCCAUUAUCACCAUAUAUUAUGUUAACAUGGGAAUUUGAUGAACUAUAUUAUACACCAAUUAAUAAAGUAAUUAUUACUUAUAUUACAGGAUUUUAUCGUCCUAUAAAUGAUGAUUCAUUAUUAAAUCAAUAUAAUCAAUCAAUCAAUAAUAAUCAAUAUAAUCAUCAUAAUCAUAUUUAUUGUAGUAUCAUUGAAUUACCUAAAUUACCAUUGAAUAUAGGACGUGCAUUUCUACGAUUAAAUUAUGAUGUUAUUUAUCAUUUUCGUAUUGAAUUAAUAAAUUCUAUUGGUAAAUCAUUACCAAGUGAUAUAAUACCAAAAUUAUCAAUUGAAUCUAAUGAAUUAUGUAUAUUACCACCAAUGCCAACAUUCAUUAAUCCAGAUUAUUUAAUAGUAUAUGGUAAUAAACCAAAUAAUUUAAUUAUACAAUGGAAGCCUUUGGAUCCUAUUCAACAUAAUGGUCCUGGUUUAAUAUAUCGUUUAACUAUUCAUUGUAUGGAUUGUAUUCAUGGUCCACCAAAAGAUGUAUUCAAUUAUACAAUCAUUAAAAAUUGGUCUAAAGAUAGAAUAGAAUUAACUGAAUUAAUCACAUCAAAAGUAUCAUCAAAUAUGAAUGAACUAAAUCAAUUUGAUAAAUGGAAUAUAGAAGUAUUUCGUACUUAUCAGGUUACUUUACAAGCUGAAAACUAUUUAGGUUCAUCUGGUACUAAACCAUUAAUAUUUACUGGUUGUUCAGGUGAAGAUAUACCACAAUUAAUACCAAUUCAAUUAAGAGUUCUAUAUAUUGGUUCAAAUCAUUUAUUACUUAGUUGGAAAAUGAUCAAAGAUUCUAAUUUCUUAUUAAAAAUCAAUGGUAUAUUUCAAGGAUUUCGAAUUGAAUGGUGUAAUGCUGAUUUAUCAAAUGAUUCAUGUGAAUUUUAUAAAAAAGUUCAGGAUUAUAUUCUUGAACAACCUCCAUCUUGGUCAUUUCCAAAUCUACGUCGAAUGUCAUCUAUAACAUUGAUAGAUAAUGAACUAUUGAAUAGAGAUAUUAUUCAUAAUAAUAAUAAUAAUGUAAUCAAUACUAAAAGUAUCCCAAUAACUAGGUCAUCUACAUUAGAACAUUUACAUACAAUGAAAAAUUCAAGUAUUCAAUAUGAAAAUGAUUAUUAUAAAGUUUAUUUAAAUGAAUUACCGGGUAAAACAAAAUUAAAAAUAUGGGUUCGUAUACUUAAUAUACAAUAUGCUGGACCAGAAAGUGAUGCAAUCAUUGUAGAAACAAAAGAAGGUGUACCAGAGAAAGUAUCUGAAUUAACUAUUACAUUUAUUGGUGUUAAUCAUAUUGAAGUAUCAUGGAUUAAGCCAAUGAUUUUAAAUGGAAAUUUAAUUUCAUAUGAUUUAGAAAUAUACUUAAAUAAUUUAACUGAUACAAUUGAAAGAAUUUCAAAGAAAACUUCUCAAAUGAUCUCUUCUGUAACAAUUGAAGAUCCAGAACAAUGUGCAACACGUAUAUCAGGUUUAAAAAUGAAUACUAAUUAUUCAUUAUAUAUAUGGGCUAAAACAGCCGUUGGACGUGGUGAAUCAACUUUUGUAAAUUUUCGUACAGCAACUCUUAGUCAUGAUUAUGGUUAUAUCCCUUUUACAAUCACUUCCGUCGAAGGUUAUGUGAAUGCAUUAAAUUUAACAUUGAUUACACCAUUAUCUUCAUCAAUCUAUGAUUUAAAUCAAUCAGAGUUGAUUAAUGAUAGUACAGAUUCUUCUGUUACAACAACUACUACUUCUUCAUCUUCACUUUCUUCUUCAUCGUCGUCUUUGUCUUCUUCGUCUUCAACAAUUCCAUUCAUAACUGAACAAGAUACAAACAACAACUUUAAGAUAAAUAAUAAUGAACAAAUUGAAAAAUUUAAUCAUCCAUUUAUGUUUUAUGUACAAUUUCGUCAAUUAGAUACAGAGAUAUGGGAAGAAACUCAAAGAGAAUUACAUAAUUCAUGGAUUGUAUUAAGUAAUUUAAAUAAAGAUUCACAAUAUGAAAUUAGAAUUGUAUAUAUUACUCAUAAUGGUCAAUCAAUUGUAAGUAGUUCAAAAAUAAUUCAUAUUCCAUUAAUCAAUAAUCAAACAUCAAUUAUCAAUAAUCAAUGGAGAUUAUUAUCAAAACAUAAUCAAUAUUUAAUUACUGUAAUUAUAUUAUGUUGUUUAUUUUUAUUGAUUAGUUUAAUAAGUAGUAUAAGUUUAUUGAUUUAUUGGUUAAAACAAAAAUUUACAAAAAAAUUAAUUACAACUACAAAACAAAAUUAUUUACAAACAUUUCAUUGUAAACAAUCAUUACAAUAUGAAUUACCUAUUGAACAACAAUCACCAAGGCAACAACAAUCACCACAGCAACUACAACUACUACAACAACAAUCUAUGGAAUCAUAUCCAAAUCAUAUAGAUUAUAUCAUUGAUCCUAUGACAAUGAUGAUGAUGACAACGUCGACGUCGGCGACGACGAUGAGGAUGAUGAAUAAUAAUAAUAAUAAUCCAUUAGAUUCUUCAUGUAUAUGUCAAUCAAAUGAUAUCUAUCAUGACCAUGAUCAUGAUCAUUAUGAUUGUAAUAGUAUAACAACUAAUAAUCAUUCUAUUCCUUCUUUAUUACAUAAUUCAUUUAUAACAACUUGUAAUUCACCAUUUAUAACAUUUUUAAAAUUACCACAAUCUCAAACUAGUUCAUUUACACAAGAGAAUUUCUAUAAUCCAUUAAUCAAUAUUGAUACUGCUACUACUACUUAUACUACUAAUACUAAUUAUACUACUACUAAUACUACUGAUAAUAAGAAUAAUCAAAGUAAUCAACCUACAUAUAUAAGUAGUUUAUUAAGUAGAGUAUAA